GUUGCACAUUUCCUACUGGCGCAAACAAUGAUUUUUGCCAUUGAAGAAAUUAACCAAAAUGAGGAUCUGCUUUCGGGAAUCACACUCGGGUAUCAGAUACACGAUGACUGCUCGUCCUCCUCGAUUGCCUCGAAAGCAGCGCUCGCUUUGAUUAACGGAGAUGAGAAAUCUAUUGAAUACCCUCAAUGUCGAGGUUCCUCCAACGUCGCUGCCAUCGUUGGCUGUGCUUUGUCCACAAGUUCCAUUGUAACUGCAAGGACAAUUGGUUCCUUUGGGAUUCCGCUGGUUAGUUACUACUCCACAUGUUUCUGUCUAAGUGAUAAGAGAGAAUACCCCACGUUUUUUAGAACUAUUCCCAGCGACCAGUACCAGUCCAAAAUUCUCGCUGAACUGGUGAAAACUUUUGGGUGGACUUGGAUUGGAACCAUAAGAAGUAAUAAUGAUUAUGGUAAUUUCGGAAUGCAAGGAUUUAUAGAAAAUGUGGGAAAGUUCGGGGUAUGUAUCGCCUACUCUGAAUCAUUUGACAGAACUGACCCGCCAGAAAAAAUCAGACGAAUUGUCCAGAUGAUUAAACACGCAUCCACUAAAGUGGUCGUGGCCUUUGCUCAUGCUGGUGAUAUGCGUGUUUUAUUGAACGAAAUUUGGCGUCAAAAUGUAACCGGUAUACAGUGGAUUGGAACUGAGGGCUGGGUAACAAGAAAUAUUCUCCCGCCUGAAGAAAGUGCAGUUUAUCUCGCUGGGACAAUCGGACUGGCCACUCGCCGGAUAGAGGUAGCAGGUCUCAGGGAAUAUCUUCAGAAAAUCCAACCUUCCACCUUUCCUGGCAAUAUUUUGGUGACGGAAUUUUGGCAAACAUUAUUCUCUUGUUCCUUCUUAGCGCACAAUCGGACAGUAUCAGUGAAUUCCACAAGACAAACUGGCCAAUGCACAGGGGAAGAGCAAAUGAAAGACAUUGAAAAUACUUACAUUCCAGCGAUAAUGGAUGGGAGUUCGUUCCACGUUUACAUAGCCGUGUACUCCAUCGCUCACGCACUCCACGAUCUGUUGAUCUGUGCGGAAGGGAACAGGAUGAUUAUCAAUAAAACGUGUGCACAUAUUUCAAACUUCAAGCCGUGGCAGUUACUGAAUUCACUCCGCAGAGUGAAUUUCACAGCGAAGACAGGAGAAGCUGUAUACUUUGAUUUGAAUGGUGAUCCAGUACCAAGAUACGAAGUCGUGAACCUGCAAACGAAUUUGAGUGACUUAGUAUACAUUGGGUAUUAUGAUGGCUCGGCUCCGCCAGGUCGCGAACUAACGGUGAAUAUCAAAGACAUCGAGUGGAGCACGACUGAAAAUACGAUCCCACGAGCUGUUUGCUCAGAAAACUGUCCUCCUGGAAAAAGAAAAGUGAGCCAGAAAGGAAAGCCGAUUUGCUGCUUUGACUGUACAGAUUGCGCAGAUGGAGAGAUCAGCAACGCCACUGAUUCCACGGACUGCAUCAAAUGUCCUUCUGAUUACUGGUCUAAUCAGGCAAAAACCCAAUGUGUUCUCAAGCAUGUUGAGUUCCUUUCCUUUCGAGAAGUUCUAGGGAUUGUAUUAGUGACAUUUUCUGUAAUAGGAUCGUGCUUCACAUUGGCUACCGCUGCAAUUUUCUAUCGGUAUCGAGAAACUCCCAUGGUCAAAGCGAACAACUCCGAACUCAGUUUCCUGCUCCUCUUUGCCCUCCUGCUUUGCUUCAUUUGCUCGCUCACCUUCAUUGGAGAACCGUCCAGUUGGUCUUGCAUGUUGCGCCGCACAGCAUUCGGAGUUGUGUUUGUUCUCUCUAUUUCCUGCAUCUUGGGCAAAACGAUCAUUGUUGUUGUUGCCUUUAAGGCAACUCUUCCCAACAGCAACGCGAUGAACUGGUUCGGACCCUCGCAGCAACGCUUGAGCGUAUUUAUGCUGACAUGUUUGCAAGGCUUUGUUUGCAUUGUCUGGCUAAGCGUGUCACCACCCUACCCCCAUAAGAAUAUGAGCUAUUACAGAGACAUCAUUAUACUAGAAUGUGGCGUGGGCUCAUUGACUGCAUUUUGCAUAGUCUCUGCCUAUAUUGCUCUGCUGUCCAUUGUGUGUUUAGUUCUUGCAUUUUUUGCACGGAAACUCCCGGACAGUUUCAACGACGCCAAGUACAUCACCUUCAGCAUGCUGAUAUUUGCCGCUGUUUGGAUCACUUUCAUUCCAGCCUAUGUGAGCUCCCCUGGAAAAUACACCGUAGCUGUAGAAGCUUUUGCUAUUUGGGCAUCAAGUUUCGGCUUGCUCGUCUGUAUUUUUGCUCCGAAAUGUUACAUUAUCUUACUGAAACCGGAGAGUAAUACAAAGAAACAGAUGAUGGCGAAAAGACAUCGGUGGUUGGUGGCGUUGUCUGCAUAUGAUUUCAGCUUGAAGUACCGAACAGGAAACCGGGACAUUGCUGCCGAAUUUUUGCCCCGACGGGUGCAUGAGGGACUGGACAGGGACGAGGAGUCAGAGAGCGUUCCUGUCCCGAGAGUGAAGGCCAUGUGUAAGUUUGCCAUCACCGUAAAGACAGAGAAGAAGCUGAGGCACGAUCGAGUGGUCGACCUAUAG